GAAGAAAUCCAAAAGUAGGUCCACAGAUAACACUCAAAAUUCCAAACACACUACUCCGUUCAAUAUCUGUUUUUUUUUUGUUGUCGGUUGGCAGCCAAUCCCCCAUAGAAUCGCCAUGUCCCUGCCGAGUGUGAGAGAUCGCAGAGCCCUCAGGCACUCCAUGACCCACAAUCCUCGGGCUAACCCUCGGGCCGGACACUUUAUUGGCCCAUCGGUGAGUCCUAAAAGGGCCGACAGUUCGCACAAGUGCCUGGAGGCAUUGGUCUCGGAUCCGGUGGAGAGUCUGAGGGCGCCAGGAUCACCGGGCGACUGCAACAUCCUGUACAAGAACAGUCUGAGGGUGAGUGGGACGGACAAGGGCUACGAACCCGGCGUUGACUCCUCCGACGACUGGGAGGACACCGAUAAGCUCCAAAUCAAAUACAGAUCCGCCCGGCCGGAGAAGGAUCAGCUGGAGAGCCAUUCCCGGUCCGAUCUACAGGAUGGGACUCGGUUCGGGGGACUUUUGCGAUCUCUGGCCCGGAGCCUGCACCAAUGCUACCUGAGGAUCGCGGCAGGAUUUGGGCUGAGCCAUCAGCACUCGGCUUGGUACAAGCACUGCUGGCACAGUCCAAGUACCACCCGAUGCCGGGGCAGUCUCGACCCGAUGGACUUCCUGCCACGAGAACACCACGAGACGAGGGACAGGACAGUCUCCAGUUGCACGGAACUCUAAUACAGUGUACAAUAGACCAUAGUUGAAGUGUUGUUUGGAUUAAAAUUCAUCCGCAAGAGGA